AUGCCACCAAAGCGAGCCGCCAAGGCUGCCUCAACGGACAGAGCACGCAAAAAGACAUCGGUUAGCCCCAUCACAAGACUUGCGCCUUACACCGACUUCUUCAAGGACCCUCCGAACGUUGAUGAACUGAUGAACAGUGUUUUGGAUCCAUCGCCCGAGGGUAUCCCUGCCGCGUCGACCGCUCCUGCUGCCGAGGAUGCAGGCACCAGUGCUGAGCGCGCCGCUCAACCCGCCGUUCAACCCGCCGCUGGUGUGCAAUACCGAGGGCUACAGAUGAAAUUCCCUGGAGCAGCAGGACUGAGUGAAAAAAACCGGCCGAAUAUAUCCUUGGCAACACGUUAUCUGCAGGACCGGCUCCGAAGGAUGACGGAGGGUGACGCCGACCUGUCGAAACUUCGUCUGACAAAGGGAACCAAAGUCUUCACAGACCUGGCGAUGGAAAUACACAAGACAGAGCCGAGGCUUUCUUAGAUUACACAGCAUGGGCUUUACUCCAUGUUUGAGCGCGUUGUGAAGAUGCGCCGCGAGAUGCUGGAGUUACAGGAGAUAUUGACGGGGUUCAAUGUCCCAGAAACGCAUUUCGGG